UGAAUGGGAUGGGAUGUGGUUGAGAAUCCAAUUUUCUUUUUAGUGACCGAAUAAAGGAAAACAAAAAUUAUUGUCGCGCAGGGCAAAUGGCUUGGCAAAUUCAGUGCACUGCUUCACCACCACUACUCCCUUCUUUUCCCCCUUUUACUCUAAAAUCUACCUCUUCCAUUUCUCUUCCUCUCCCUCUCCCUCUCCCUCUCACUCGCUCUUCCCGCUUCCGCUCUACUCACGCGCCGUCUCCUAGGCCCAUCGCCGCUUCCUUCUCCGCCGUUGAAUCUACCACCUCCACCGACGGUCUUGGCAACUCCAAGACGCCUCUUCUCGAAGUCAAAGGUUUAACUGCCGUGAUUGCUGAAACCAAGCAGGAAAUCCUCAAAGGCGUGGACCUCGUCGUUCACCAUGGAGAGAUUCAUGCUAUAAUGGGAAAGAAUGGCUCUGGGAAGAGUACGUUUUCUAAGGUUCUUGUCGGUCAUCCAGAUUAUGAGGUGACUGGAGGAGAUGUUGUUUUCAAGGGAGAGAAUUUGCUUGACAUGGAACCGGAGGAAAGAUCUCUUGCUGGACUUUUUAUGAGUUUCCAGUCCCCGGUUGAGAUCCCGGGUGUGAACAAUAUCGACUUUUUGCACAUGGCAUAUAAUGCUCGAAGGAAAAAACUUGGUGAGCCCGAGCUUGGUCCACUUGAGUUCUAUGCUUACAUAUAUCCUAAACUCGAUCUUGUGAACAUGAAGACUGAUUUCCUUAACCGAAAUGUCAAUGAAGGAUUCAGUGGAGGUGAAAGGAAGCGCAAUGAGAUUUUGCAGCUUGCGGUUCUUGGAGCAGACUUGGCUAUACUCGAUGAGAUUGAUUCUGGGCUAGAUGUUGAUGCCCUUCGAGAUGUAGCGAAAGCAGUGAAUGGUCUUUUGACUCCAACAAACUCAGUUUUGAUGAUAACUCAUUAUCGACGACUGUUGGAAGUUAUAAAGCCGACAUUCAUCCAUAUUAUGGAGAAUGGAAGAAUCAUAAAGACAGGAGAUAGCUCCUUAGCUAAAGUUCUCGAGGAGAAAGGCUAUACUGCAAUUUCUGCUGCAUAGCAUACAGUUCAGAAUCGCGUCUGCUCCACAGUGAAUGACAUUGCAAAUUCAAGAGAUGAGGUUUGACCAUCAUUUAAAGGGAGCAUGGAGCUUCAGCCCUUAGGUAUGAACAAUGGCACCCUAUACCGUUUUGGUUUUAUAGUUAACCUGUCACUUUGGCAUGUGAAUCUUAGAGUUAUUCUCCUCCAUUUCUCACUUGGGGAUUUGGGAAUUAGGGUUUUUAGAAAGAAUGAACUUUGUUUACUACAUGAUUAUUGUUGAUCAUAUCCAUUUUCAAUGCCUUACCAAGUCAUCCAUUUUUGAGCUGAUGAAAGUCAGAUAUAUGGAAUAAUAAUUAUAAUCAGUUCAAUUGAAGUUACAACUA